UUUUCGUGAAUCGAUUAUUAUAUUAGAAAAAGUCGGUUCAAACCAGUUUUCACCAUCAGCAACGCAUGUACAAAUUGCGCGGAAAGUCUUUCGAAUUUUUCAGUCAAAUCAAGCACGCAAUUUCGCUGGGUCACUUAAUCAACUUCAGUUGAAAUCUACUUCAAUUCAUGCCCUAUCGGAUUUAGCUUCAGUCAAAUCUUUAUUGUUUGCAAGGAACGUAACACACUACCUUGUAAUGGCAACUCUAGCAGAGCAAGCGUCAAAGCUGCUGGACUUUGAUCAGAAGUUGGACAUAACAUUACUUGAUAGCAUAGUUGGGUGUAUGUACUCUGGAGCUGGCGAACAACAACGACUAGCACGUGACGUCUUGACGACACUGAAGGAGCACCCUCAGGCUUGGACAAGAGUAGACACAAUCCUAGAGUUUUCGAGCAAUCAAGAAACAAAGUAUUAUGCCCUGCAAAUUCUAGAAGCCGUCAUAAAAACUAGAUGGAAAACCUUGCCUCGAGAGCAAUGCGAAGGAAUAAAGAAAUACAUCGUCGGUUUGAUCAUCAAAACGUCUUCAGAAAACGAAACUGCUGAACGUGAAAAAGUGUACCUUAGUAAACUCAACAUGGUACUGGUUCUGAUACUGGAACGUGAGUGGCCCAAACAUUGGCCCUCGUUCAUCCCAGAUAUUGUCGGUGCCAGCAAAACCAACGAGAGUUUGUGCCAAAAUAACAUGGCCAUCCUUAAGCUUCUUUCGGAAGAAGUAUUUGACUUUUCAUCUGGUAACAUGACGCAGAUUAAAGCUAAGCAUCUGAAGGAUUCCAUGUGCUCUGAAUUUUCCCAGAUUUUCCAGCUCUGCCAGUUUGUUAUGGACAAUUCGGCCAACGCUGCCCUUGUGGGUUCUACCCUAGAAACACUUUUACGAUUUCUCAGCUGGGUACCUCUGGGCUACAUCUUUGAAACCAAGCUGAUUGCAACUCUCAUCUUUAAAUUUCUGAACGUGCCACUCUUUCGCAACGUUACUUUGAAGUGUCUCACAGAAAUUGCCGGCCUAGCCACUGGUCCCCAAUACGACGAUGCAUUCGCCGCUCUUUUCUCCCAGACGAUGGCUCAACUGGAGUUGAUGCUCCCUCUCGACAUCAAUAUCAAAGAAGCUUUCGCCAAAGGCCAUGACGCAGAACAGAAUUUUAUCCAGAACUUGGCCAUGUUCCUCUGCACCAUGCUACGUCAGCAUGGUCCAUUGAUGGAGCGUCGUGACAAGGGCAACGUUCUCAAAGCCCUUCAGUAUCUACUACUCAUCUCCGAGGUGGAAGAGACUGAAAUCUUCAAAAUUUGCCUCGAGUACUGGAACGCCUUGGCCGCCGACUUGUAUCGCGAGACUCCCUUUACUAUCCCAACGGUUCCAAUGUUUAUGACCAAAACGAGCAACACAGCAUCAUCUGUACGGCGCGUCUUCUAUCAGGCAGUUCUCAGUCGGUUGCGUUACAUCAUCAUCAGCCGAAUGGCGAAACCUGAGGAGGUGUUGGUGGUUGAGAACGAAAAUGGCGAGGUGGUUCGAGAGUUUAUGAAGGAUACCGACUCCAUUAACCUCUACAAGAAUAUGCGAGAGACUCUCGUCUACCUGACCCAUUUGGAUUACGUCGAUGCCGAGAGGAUCAUGACGGAUAAACUGCAAAACCAAGUAAAUGGAACGGAGUGGUCGUGGAAAAACCUCAACACUCUAUGCUGGGCGAUUGGCAGCAUAUCCGGAGCCAUGCACGAAGAAGACGAGAAGCGAUUCUUGGUCACAGUCAUCAAGGAACUCCUGGGUCUAUGCGAGCAGAAAAAGGGCAAGGACAACAAAGCCAUUAUUGCCUCCAAUAUCAUGUACGUUGUAGGUCAGUAUCCUCGUUUCCUUCGAGCCCACUGGAGGUUUCUCAAAACUGUCGUCAACAAACUCUUUGAGUUUAUGCACGAAACACACGAUGGUGUCCAGGACAUGGCUUGCGAUACUUUCAUCAAGAUUGCCCAAAAGUGUCGUCGACACUUUGUGCAGGUACAGGCCGGUGAAGUGACACCUUUCAUUGAAGAGAUUCUAUCGACCAUCAGCACCAUCAUUUGCGAUCUCCAACCUCAACAAGUUCACACGUUUUACGAAGCUGUCGGCUACAUGAUAAGUGCUCAAACUGAGAAAUUUGUUCAAGAACCUUUAAUCGAGCGCUACAUGCUCCUACCCAACCAAGUGUGGGAUGACAUCAUCAAUCAGGCCACGCGCAACGUCGACGUUCUUAAAGAUCCCGACGCAGUCAAGCAGUUGGCUAACAUUUUGAAGACAAACGUCCGGGCUUGCAAAGCGCUGGGCCAUCCUUACGUCUCCCAGCUCGGCAGGAUCUAUUUAGAUAUGCUUAAUGUGUACAAGGUGAUGUCAGAAAACAUUAGCGGUGCGAUCGCCCUCAGUGGAGAAAACGUUACUAAGCAGCCCUUGAUCAAGAGCAUGCGGCUCGUCAAGAAGGAGACCCUCAAACUCAUUUCCGACUGGGUCUCGCGUUCCAACGAUCCCGAACUCGUGCUCGACAACUUCAUCCCACCACUGUUGAAUGCAGUUCUCUACGACUACCAACGGUGCGCAGUUCCUUCGGCCCGCGAACCCGAGGUUCUCAGCACGAUGGCCACCAUCGUCAACAAACUGGAGGGCCACACCACCUCCAAUGUGCCGAAAAUCUUCGACUCGGUAUUCCAAUGCACCUUGGACAUGAUCAACAAGAACUUUGAAGAAUUUCCCGAGCAUCGUACCAACUUCUACCUUCUGCUCCAGUCCGUCAACAACCAUUGUUUCCCCGCCUUCCUCAGUCUGCCUCCGGCCCAGUUUAAGCUAGUGCUCGACUCGAUCAUCUGGGCGUUUAAGCACACGAUGCGUAACGUUGCCGACACGGGUCUCGACAUUCUCUACCAGCUCCUGCAGAAUGUCAGCCAACACGAACAGGCGGCGCAGAGCUUUUAUCAGACUUACUACAUCGAGAUUCUGCAACACGUUUUCUCUGUAGUGACCGACACAUCACACACGGCGGCUCUCACCAUGCACGCCACCAUCCUGGCUUACAUGUUCACAAUUGUCGAAAUGGGAAAGGUGGCGGUGUCAUUAAACCCGUCUGGCGCCGUGAUUGCCCCAGAGAGUCUGGCGGCUGCCAAUGUCAUCUUCGUCCAGAAUUUCGUAGCGGAGGUGCUGCACAAUGCCUUUCCUCACUUGACACAGCUCCAGAUUAAGGUGACUGUCGAAGGACUCUUCAACCUUGAUCAAGAUAUCACUGGAUUCCGGGAACAUCUCCGAGAUUUCCUCGUUCAGAUCAAAGAAUUCACUGGUGAUGACGACAGCGACCUGUAUUUGGAAGAGAGAGAGGGUGAACUGCGGCGUGCCCAGGACGAGAAACGCAAAGUCCAAAUGUCGGUGCCGGGCAUCUUGAACCCGCACGAAAUCGCCGAAGAAAUGCAAGAUUAGUUCUUACUUAAAAAAACAAAAUCUUAAAG